GGGAAAAUCAGGCGAGGCCGGAGGCUCUGCACGGUGCUAGGCCUCGACACCCACCACGCCACUCUCAGGAAAGGAUGUUCAUGAUCCAGAAGCUGAGGAGAUGUUGGCGGACCCUGAUGCCUGCGAUGCUGGCGAUCCUGGUGUUCUUGACGCACAUGUUCUUCAAAAACUACGUCUCCCGGGAUAUCAAGUUGAUACAGGCGAAGGAAUGGACCCCGCAUACUCUCGCGUUGUCAACCAGCCAGCAAGCGUUCGAGGCGACGGUGCAGAUGAACGCGAGCGCCACCACGAACGCGACAAGCGGGAUGUCGGGGCACCGCGGCUGGGACAUCACGAGCAACACCUGCGAGCCCAAGGCCAAGUACCUCAAGCGGUGGUGGUUCAAGUCCUUCGACCCCCUCUUCAAAGACUACGUGCUCUACCGCCACUGCCGCCUCUUCCCGAUGCUGCACAACUUCCCAGAGGUGUGUGGCGGUCGAGGCGACGACAGAGACGGUGGUGAUGGCGACGGUAACAACAGCGGCGGAGACGCAGACACGGACACAGACGCGGACCAGCCGAAGCCGCAGCGUCCAUUCCUGCUGCUCGUCAUCAAGAGCAGCCCCUCGAACUUUGACCGGCGCGACGCCAUCCGCCGCACGUGGGGUCGCAACGGCGUGGCGACGACGACGGCGGCCGACGGGCAGCCACUUGUCGUGCACACGCUCUUCCUGCUGGGCGUGCGGCCACCCUCGCCCCCUUCCCCCACCGACAGCCGCGACGACGACCGCGGCAAGCGUGCGCGCGUCCAGAGGAUGGUGGACCUGGAGGCGCGUCUCCACGGCGACCUGCUCCAGUGGGACUUCCACGACUCCUUCUACAACCUCACGCUCAAGGACAUCAACUUCCUGCGCUGGUUCCAGGCCUACUGCCCGGCCGUCGCCUACGUCUACAAGGGGGACGACGACGUCUUCGUCAACGUGGAGAACCUCCUGGCAUACCUCGCCGCGUUCAGCCGCGACGGCUCCGCCCCCCUCUUCGUCGGGCGCACGCAGCAGCAGGCGCCGCCGAUACGCAGCGCCGAGAGCAAGUACUUCGUGCCGCGCGAGAUAUACCGCCGGUGGACGUACCCGGAUUACGCGAGCGGCGGCGGCUUCGUGAUGUCGCGGGCGGCCGUCGUGAGGAUCCACGAGGUGUCGCGCGACAUCAAGCCGUUCCCCAUCGACGACGUGUGGAUCGGGAUGUGCCUGGAGAAGGCCGGCCUCACCGUCACGCAGCACGAAGGCUUCCGCACCUUCGGCCUCGAGGCGGAGAACCUGGAGGAGGGGGUGGAGAAGAAGAGCGCCCUGUGCAUCUACAGGUCCUCCAUGAUAUUCCACAGGUUCCUACCCCAGGAAAUGCUGGACAUGUGGGUGGACUUCAAGAAUGCUUCCAUACAAUGUUAGCUGUGGCAAGUGACGACGGUUUUCUCGGUGUGGACAGAAAUCACUCGCCAGCCGUGCUUUUUUUUCUUUCUUUUCCCUGCAUACGCGGUAUUUAUGUAUCCACGGUUUUCCUUCGGCAUGCCGGUUUGUAAUUUUGUGUUUCCGCGAUUUAGCACGGGCAAACCCAGCGCUUGUCAUUUCAAAUCCACUCGCAAACUGCGUUCCCUCCCUCCAUCAUCGUCUCAUCUCCCAUCUCCCUCCGUCCAUCAUCGUUUCGUCUCCCAGCUCCCACCACCGCUCUCUUCCCACCACGAGGUAGAGGCGGUGGGUGGGCAAAUCCACCCUCUUCUUCCUUCUCACAACCACCUCUCCCAUCACCUCAUCCUCAUCAACGUCAUCAUCAUCACCAUGGACUUCAACCCUCAGUAUUAAAGGUAAGUAACAUUAUUUUAAUUGUUUCCUUAAUUAUGUUCUUUGAACGUUCAUUGUUUUUAUUAUAUAACGUUGUGUAUUUUAUUCGUGUUUAAGUGAGGAAAGGGCAACCUGGUUAGACUUUGACGAGCGUGACCGUGGUUACCAUGACCCCAAAUAUAUCUGACAAGGUUUUGCUAACCACGGCGGGUCUUUAAGGGUUGUAACCACCACGGUUGGUGAGGGAUUGCUGUAUUUAUACAGGAACUCCUCUAUUUACAAACGAGUUAGGUUCCAGAAGUCUGUUUGUAAGUCCAACUUUCCUCCUGUCGAUUCCAAACAUGCUGUACGGCAUGUACACUAAACACAGGGAAUAGCUUUAAAAGUUGUAUAAUCUCCUGUAGAUGUAGAUGCCACUGGUUCUUGAUGUUCUGCAGAUGUAGAUGCCACCAUCGCCAUUUAUUGCGGCUCUCGGUCCGAACGGACAACUGGACAUACGGAGAGUUUUGUCCGUAUCUCUGAAAGUUCUGAAGGUCACGAGUCGAAUGUAGAGGGGUGUGCUGGUUAGUAACACCGCUGGACUUGUUAUGAAGAAGUUACCAAUUCGAUUUAAUCUCCCGGCGAAUAACCCCAAAAUAUAGUUUUUCUGCAGAUCUCUAUGAUAAAAAACACUCAUAUACGUGAUGUUUAAGUUAAGAAAAUUUAGUUUGUUAACGAGCAAAUCGACAAUUUGUAUUAAAGGCUGUUUUUUUUACAAAAGUCCAAACAAAAACACGCACUCACUUAAGCAGAUUUUUUAAAAAUCCUGAUCAAAUAACUCAAAAUGAAGCACAACUGACGAUUUCGAUUUCUACGCUUUUGAUUUAGAAUGAAUGCUCACGAUCGACCGAUCUAUGUUUGCUCAGUGAUAAUAAAACUUUCCUGGCUCCCGCCCACUCGUUGGAUGAGAGCAGAGCUACAUCAGUCAAAAUCAAUCAACGACUGUAUUGUAGAUGCGAUUACGUGGA